GGCUAGUCUGUCCUGUAAUUCCUGCCCUGUCUUCACUCUUUAACAGACACAGGAGGCAUUCACAUCCAUCUCUCUCUCUCCCUUUAUUCCUUUCUCCAACAGCCUUUUUCAGGUAGAUUACAAGUUCCAUCAUGUCUGAUACUGAGGAUGUUGGUGAAUAUGGAGGCAGAACAAUAUGAGCAGGAAGAAGUUGAGCAACCCGAAGUAGAAGAAGAGGAACGGCCCAGACCAAAGCUCGUUGUGCCUCAGAUUUCUGGCCCCAAGAUUCCUGAUGGAGAAAGGGUUGACUUUGAUGAUAUUUACAGGAAGCGCAUGGAAAAAGAUCUCCUGGAACUCCAGACUCUGAUUGAUGCCCAUUUUGAGCAGAGGAAAAGGGAUGAGGAAGAACUGAUUGCCUUGAAGGAGAGAAUUGAACACCGGAGAUCAGAGAGAGCAGAACAGCAGAGAUACCGUGCAGAAAAGGAGCGUGACCGCCAAGCGAGAUUGCUUGAAGAAAAAACACGCAAAGAGGAAGAAGAGGCCAAGAGACGUGCAGAGGAUGAUGCCAAGAAGAAGAAAGUUCUGUCUAACAUGGGUGCCCAUUAUGGUGGUUACCUUGUUAAGGCUGAGCUGAGACGGGGCAAAAGGCAGACAGGCCGGGAAAUGAAGAAGAAAAUUCUGGCAGAGAGACGCAAACCCCUCAACAUUGAGCAUCUCAGUGAUGAGAAAAUGAGGGAGAAAGCCAAGGAAUUGUGGGACUGGAUGUAUCAGCUGGAGUCUGAGAAGUUUGACCUGAUGGAGAAGCUGAAAAGACAGAAAUAUGAGAUUAAUCUCUUGCACAACCGUAUCAAUGAACAUCAGAAAUUCAAAAAAGCAGCGGGAAAAGGGAAGGUUGGAGGCCGCUGGAAAUAAACAACAAAGUACAUUGGACGUGCGUUCAGAGAUCUGCUUCCGUCAGACGGCAUGAUUCCAAACACAAAGACACACUUCCUGACAUAGCUCCUGUGCUUUUUUUCCAUAGAUACAUGGCCAAAAUGUGUGUUUCUUGCAUUUGAUGAAAUGGAAUUUCCUGAACCUUUCCCUCACCUUCAAUAAUAAAUAAAACAAAUAACAAGACAA